CAUACAUGUUGUAACUUAUAUUGACUAUAAACUGUAUUUUUAUUAACAGGUAGUAACCGCAGAACAGCAACUUAAUAGCUGAGAAAAUGUUUCAUUAUUUUGCCUUCUUAGUACUUUGUGUUGCAGGGUUUUUACUGAUUGUGUUAUUGCCAAGAUCACCACCAGUUCCUGUUGUCUGCCCUAAACGCGCAAACGAAGCAUUAAUAAACCAAGAACGUAAGAACACCGACACAUUCUACGUCGACGCUUACCAUGGUAAUGACUCGUGGAACGGGAAAUACCCGGAGUCGAGAAAGGGGGACGGGCCGUUCAAGACGUUAGAAAAAGCGUUCAAGCAGAUUCGAAAAUUACGAACUCCUGCGAAACCGGCGACAUUAUUUUUAAGAGCUGGAACUUAUUUUAUGCGAAGAAAGAUCCAGUUGGGAGCUGAGGAUUCGAACUUAGCGGUGAUCGCAUACCCGAAAGACAAAGGCGUCCGUCCUUUGAUAUCGGGUGGGAAAACAAUCACCGGCGAUAAGUUUGUGUUUCAUUCUUACAAAAAAAACCACAAGAUUUAUGUUGCUCCGUUCUAUGGUAAAUGUACUUCACAUGCAUUUCUUGGGGACAAACGACUUAUACGAGCAAGAAAACCAAAUAUUGUAAAAUGGACUGGGGAGGAUCUAACUGGAUCUGGGCCUUACCUACGCAUGAAGAACUUACUUCGAUCAACUCCUGUUUGUAAUUUAGCUGGAGAUGGUGGUUAUACGCAGCACAACUGCCCGGUUAUCAACAAAAAAGGCUUCAAAUUUCGUCGCGGUGACAUCAGACCGAACUGGCCGAAACUAACACACGGGGAGAUUCUUAUAUUUAACUCAUGGACUGCAGAGAGAAGGAAGAUAGCUCGUGUUAAUGUGACGGAAGGCUCAGUGUAUUUUCAAAGAGAUCUAAGAUUCCCAAUAGGAAAACAUCCAGGGGCGUCUGGGUUCCGUUAUGUUGUGGAGAACAUAUUUCCAGAACUCGACACAACUGGGGAAUUCUACUGCGACAGUGUGAGGAAAAAGUUUUACUUAAUCCCACCGUCUGGAGCGCUUGCCACUAAUGAUGUGCACGUAGCACAUACGAGCGUAUUUUUCAAAGCCGUUGGAGUAAAGAACAUCACUUUCCAAGAUCUUGCAUUCAAACACUCGCAUGAUAGUUACUUUUCCGGUUAUAAUGGAAGACCUGGGAUGCUUAUACUUGAAUAUUGUGACGGGAUCAGAAUUGAAAGCUGCGAGUUUUCCCAUGCCGGCUACACUGGAGUUUUCACCAAUAUGGUCAAGAAUAUGAAUGUAACUCAAAGCGUAUUUAAAGACAUCGGAAAUCUUGCAUUAACCGUCGAAUACAAUGGUGAAGCCAAAGACAGGUUCGCACCACGUAACAUUGAUAUUAAACGAAACACCUUCAAAGGAUGCGGUGUAUAUGCCAUGUUACAGCCAAGUUGUGUUCAUGUGAAGGGAGUCGGUAAUAUCAUGGUCCAAGAGAAUGAUAUUAGUAUCACGCCGUAUGCGGGGUUGAGGGUUGGCUGGCAGAAGACUUUUACUAAAGAUUACAACAACGGGAAGAAAGUGUUUAAGAUUGUGAGGAACCAUAUACAUCAUUAUGGAAAUGGGAUAUUGAGCGAUUUCGCCGCAAUCUAUAUGUCAUCUAAUAUGCAAGAUUGUGGUAUUAUACAGAACAUGAGUAUAUGCCACUUGCACGUCUUGGUUUCUGACAACGCAAUCCAUCAUUCAAGAGCUUAUCAUUACGGAGCGAUUGGAGUGUUUUCGGAUACAGCUGCGUCUUCUGUAACAGUUACUCGUAAUUGGAUUUACAAGCUGGCAGACUGCGCUGUUAACUUCCACUGUGGACAAAACAACAUCGCUGUGAACAACAUGAUCUAUCACAUCAGUCCCAAACGUGUCUUCGGUGUUUGUAACCCGAGUGUGGGAGACGAUGGAAGAAUGCCUAGACAGAGCAUGAAUUUCUCCCGGAACGUGAUUUACGUAAAUAACUCAAAUGCUCGACUUUAUGGUCGUGGGGAUAAGUGGUACGAUGAAAUACCGGUCGUGCAACUCAACAACUAUUUCUUCAAGGGGUUCAGCACGAAAAAGUUCAAUGGUUUCUUCAGCAAGACGAUAAAGAGUUGGAGUAAGUGGCGCAACGAAGCUAAACGCGACGCAGGAUCUAUCAUCGCGGACCCGAAGUUUGUAAAUACUGACUUAGAUGACUAUAGACUUUCAAAUCAAUCCCCUGCCCGUGGUAUGAUAGAGUCGAUAGAUCUACGAACGGUCAUAACGAAUUCUGGAACCUGCUGAUAGAUUUAGUAGGGUUGGAGGAAGAUGGGACACCUUUCAUUAUAUUUUCUCGUCCGGUUUGAUAGUAAACAAAGAACAUAUAAAUAAUUUUAAAAUCGUAUCUUCACGACUCUCAUAGACCGUUGUUAAUUGUCUAAAACACGAUCAGGAUAUUUGAAUAUUAUGUGUUAAGGAUGUCGCGACUUCCCCCACAGUACUGUAUAUUUAUUUAUAAUGAUUCUAAAAUCUGUUCUGGCAACAGUAUAUUUUGGAAAAUGGUAGGAAAUUGAUUUUUAUAACGGCUUUCUAACACCCGUGCUAACUUUUGUUUUGCCGCCGCGCGAGAUAAAUGGUUUCACUUAUUUCAUUUUUGAUACAUAAUUUUUUUUGGGCUAUUUUGAGAUCAACUGGUAUUUUAUAUAAUUCGUGCACGAGGUGUUUGUUUAAACUAUGUUUAUCUUGCAAUUGAUGUUAAAAACAUUGUUUUUGUAUUACGACAUUUCAAAAUGCGAGUUCGAAUUCGGAAAUUGAAAAUCCCGAAACGACCUUCUUCGUAUAAUGCCGGAUUUGAUUUUGUUAAAUAUUUGCAUAUUUCUUCAUUACCGUUGUAUAAUUGCAAUAUUCUUCAAGUUCUGUUAUUUAUAGUUCAGUGUCAAUAUGUUUUUUUAUAUUUGUGCUUUGAUUGUUUUACAAAUACACGAUGUGCGUUUUCUA